AUGGAUAGUGUGUCGCGACAGAGCAAGGCUGUGGCGCAAAACUUCAUCAACGCCCUCGACAGCCAGAACUUCGAUGCGCUGCCUUCGAUGUUUGCCGACAAUGCCGGCUGGUGGGUGAUGGGCCAGGACAAUGUGUCCUGGGGAGGCUUCCUGCCCGCUCACAAGCGCAUACCCCUGGCCACGCAGAUGAUCGGCCAGUUUUCGCAGUACUCGCUCAAAGCAUUCAAUAUCAUCGCCGAGGGCGUGCAGGUCAUGGCCGAACUAGAGGUUGUGUCGUCGAACCAGGACGGCAAAGUCUACACGAAUUCCGUCGUCAUGGCAUUCACGAUAACGGCCGGAAAGCAGAUCCUCCUUCUACGCGAGUAUCUGGACAAUCAACAAGUACUGAAUUACAUGGAAGCUUCCGGCAGCACGGCAGGCGUGAACAACAAAGUGGACGCGAUCGGGCUGUAG